ACGAUAAUGGGGUAAACCAUGACCAUGAAUUUGACACUUAGAUUGAUAACGCCGUACAUACGUACCUGCUUGACCUUCCCGAGACGUCCUGGAUUGUUACAGUGUGGGAUUACGUCAGUAAACAGUCCAAACAGAGAGAUGUCGACGUCCCAAGGCGUGGUGGACCGGGAGGAGCUACACAGCUAUGUCGUACGGCUGUAUGGAGGCGGUGGGGACGAAGAAGGACCACGCUGAAGCGCUGGCCGAACUCCUGGUGUCGGCCGAUUAUCGGGGUCACUACAGUCACGGGUUAAAUAGGCUGGAUAUGUAUGUCAACGAGGUCAAAGCCGGUAUGACGUCAUCAGGUCAAGAUGUUGAGCCGGUGAUUGUUAAGGAAACUGUAGCAACUGCCUUAGUGGACGGUAACAAUGUUUUGGGUCCUGUAGUAGGGAAAUUCUGUAUUGACCUGGCCUUGAAGAAAGCUAAGGAGACCGGGAUAGGCUGGGUGUCGGCCAGGGGAUCCAACCAUUUCGGCAUCGCUGGUUGGUAUACUAUACGAGCAAUGGAGCAAGGUAUGCUGGGAAUGUCCUUCACCAACACCUCACCACUAAUGGUACCGACCAGAGCUAAGGAGCCCACUUUGGGAACCAAUCCCAUAAGUUUGGCAGCACCAGCGAACAAUAAUGAUGCCAUGGUAUUGGACAUGGCGACAACCAGCGUAGCUCUGGGAAAGAUAGAACUACAGGAUAGGAAAGGGCGACCUAUGCCAUCAGGAUGGGCUUUAGACAAAACAGGCAAGGAAACUCAUGAGCCCAGCCAGUACGCUGGUCUUCUCCCCCUCGGUGGCACAGAACAAAGCAGUGGAUAUAAGGGAUACGGUCUGGCGAUGAUGGUGGAGGUAUUCUGUGGUAUACUAUCGGGAUCAGCCUUUGGUCCUAAUGUCCGAAGUUGGAAGGAGUUUAACAAGAAGGCCAAUUUGGGACAAUGUUUCAUUGCCAUUGAUCCAGAAGCCUUCGCUGACGGUUUCUCGGACAGAAUGAGUUCCUUGAUAGACCAUUGCCGAGGCCUAGAUACGGCAGAAGGGGAGACAGAGGUGCUAAUUCCUGGUGAUCCGGAAAAGAAACACAUGCAGGAAUGUGAUGAAUUAGGAGGAAUUCCUUACCAUCCAAAUCAAAUCAAAUUCGCGGACACUGUGAUACACAGUAUUCGUGUAGGAUGUUUUGUUAAGAGGAUACUGAGGCGUUUGACAUCCAUCUGGAUAAUAACGACCUGGCCGACAGACUUGGAAUUAAAUCGUUCGAAGUGAAGUGAUUGUUACUGUCAGGUUGUAUGUGUGUGAUAUACAUGUGAGUACGCGCGUGUUCUACACGUGAGACUACGGGUGUUAUGCACGUGAGGGUACGGGUUUUGUACACGUUAUUUAGCCAUUGUUAUGCACGUUCCGGUAAUUUUGUCAUACCGAUAAAAGUGUACUGAUUAUAGUUUAGUAUAUAUUAAGUCAAACGCCAUGCAUCUAAAUCACAU